UUUUUUUUUUUUUUUUUUUUUUUUUUUUUUAAUUGCCUGGUAGCCUUACGAUAUUGACUGUUUACAGCACAACUGUAGCCAACUAUGAAGAAUUAAAAAUAUGUACUCUAAUUCAUCCAUUUCAUAUAUUUAAGUUUAUCUCUGGAUCUUGAAGGUAUGAUCUUGGUGGAAUGAUCCUCUUGGCUUUAUCCUGUGGUACCUACAUGAUGUUUGCUGUUUAAGGCAAUGGAUUGGUGGAGCAAGGACGCUUUUGGCAACGUGUGUUGGAAUACAGGACUUGAAAAAUCGGGCAGAACUGUUUACCCGAUUAUUAAACAAGAAAUUAACGAGCUGGUGGAGGAUAUUUAUAGUCAUGAAGUUAAAAAUAAUGUUCAGAAUGGCUGUAAGUAUGAACAUGAUAGUGAUGUUGACAGAAAUGACAGUAGCCAUGAAGAUACAAGUAAUGGAAGAGUCAUAGUUCACAGCACUGAUUCAUCCAUGGCAACAUAUGAUUUUGCGUUUGUUAACAUUAAAACGGAGGUAGCUGAGCAAAGUGAGAAUGAAGACUUGACAAUCAAUGAAGAACAAAUUGGUUAUGAACCAUCAGAAAAAAUUAAUGUUUUGCCAGCAGUCCCAAAUAUGGAUGAAAACUUCAAAAGUGGCAGUGUGGCAUGUGUGAGGACAAACAUGGAUUCUGUCAAAAGUACUUUUGGGCAAAUUUCUACAGCAUAUGUUCAAUCAAGUUGUUCAGUUUGCAGUGCUAAAUUUUCUCGGAAACAUAGCCUGAAAUUGCAUAUGCGUAUACACACAGGAAAUGGAUUGGUGGAGCGAAGAUGCUUUUGGCAAUGAGUGUUGGAGUAUAGGGCUUGAAAGAUUGGGCAGAACUGUUUACCCGACAAUAAAACAAGAAAGUAAUGAGCUGGUGGAAGAUAAUUAUAGCCAUGAAGUUAAAGAUAAAGCCCAGAGCGACUGUAAGUAUGAAGAUGAUAGUGAUGUUGACAAAGAUGACAGUAGCCAUGAAGAUACUAGUAAGGAUAGUAUUAUAGUUCUCAGCUCUGAUUCAUCCAUGGCAGCUUGUGAUAUUACUUUCCCUAACAUUAAAAUGGAGGUGGCUGAGGAAAAGGAAUACAAAGAAGUAACAAUUGGUGAAGAACAAAUUGUUUAUGAAUCAUCAGAAGAAAGUAAUGGUAAGUAUGACAAGUUUACUCCUAACUUAUGCUUAUCUUUGAUAUAAACUUAAUUUAAUCUCAUCCAACCCAAACUUACUUUUGAUUUAGUGUCAAAAAUAACUUAAAAUGGUGGGUUUAGGAGUGAACGAUAUGGCAGCUACACCUAUUGUAAAAGGCAGUGUUAUUGAAAUGAACACUUUGUGAAAGAACCUACGUGUCAAAUAGCAGUUUUAUCUUAGCACGCAUCUUAACCCUUAAUUUGACGGUGUGUCAUAUACGACACAUUAAGUUUUGAAAAUAAAUAAGAAAUUACUGUUUUUUAAAGCCGCGUUUCUCUCUGUUGUAAUAUCUUUGGUGUAGUUUUAUAUUCUCUAUGCAUUGGAUUUUGAUGCCACCUGUCGAUGCAAAGAGAAAUUAUUGCAGCAUGAUGAGAAGAUGGCAUCGUGAGGGAGGAAGUAUGUGCGUCACAUGGUGAGUUAUAUGUAAAUUUUUAAUGAAAUGGGUAACUUUUUAAUUCAAAUAAUUUAUAUACUUUCAAAAAUAGUAUUUAGGCAUUGCACUAUAGUAUUAUAAUAUAAAAUUACAUGUUGUUGAUUUUAUAUGAGCCAUAAAAGUAUGUAUCACAUGUGACACGCCACCAAAAAUGAGUAAAUCAAUGUCUUGUUACAUAUGUAUCAUAUAUGACACAUUGCCAAAAUCCUAACAUUUAUGUGUGCUUUUAGGCUGUAUCAAAUAUAACACAUUGCCAAAUAUGUGAACAAGUAAAUCAUUGUGAUAUUUUGCAACUGUUACUGGAAGUCUUAGAUUAACAAACAAGUUUUAGGGUGAAAAGGCAAGUUAAAGUUCCUUAUUUCAAAUAUAUAUACCUAGUUUGAAAUAUAAACAUUUUAUUUUUACAAGGGCCAAAAGAUCUACUGCUCAUCAAGAGUGCAGUCCAUUAUGGCGUUGCUUCCUACAAAUAGAAAUAUUUCAGACAUGGCCACAGACUCAGAAGAUGACCCAGAAAAUAUUUUCAAAAUAUCAUCAAGUAGGGAAACCAACAAUGACGACACAAGUUCUGUAAGUUCUGCAGCUCCAUCUUUGACAGCAUUUCUUGAAAUUUUACUUUUUGAACAUGAUACUUGAUACAGGUAAAUAAAUGCAAUCAUUAGAAAAAUAUAUAGCACAAUUAGUUCCAGAAUCAUACCAACAUUCCGAUGAUUUACAGCAUGCUGAGAACAUUCUAAGACAAAAACGCCCAAUUUUCCUUGUGAUCAUGCACUGCCUCAAACACAUUCUAUGACUGCUUUAGAAGCCAGACAAUCAACUGGUAAUUUUUUUUCCCAUAACGCAGAUGACACAGUGCCUGGCAUUACCUGUUCUUCCGCCACAAGUUGAAGACAUUCCUGCUAGUUGUAAAAGUGACAGUUUGCAUGAUGCACAUUUACCUACCAUAGUAGACAGUUCAUUUACAAAUUACCACAUUGAUGAACACCAGAUAAUACAUUCUGACACCAUAAAAGCAAGUAGUGAUCCUACUGCUGCAAGAUCCAUUUGUACAGAAAUUAAAAACAAUGCCAUAUCAGAAAACUCCAAUAUAAUUUCACAUCAAUAUGGAAACGCCACAACACAAAGAUGCCCACAACUUUCUUGUGUUGCAAGUUCUACAAUACAGUUAAAUGAUUCCAUAACAACUUCAUUCAACAAUGAUGCUCAUGAAACCACAAAGGGAGGAAAAUGUACACAUGCACCAAGUAACAUAAUGCAGUCUCCUGUAACCCGCUCAAAAUGUAAGUUGGAAAAACAGAGUCCCCCUCUAAGCCAAAUUAUUGGAAAGUGUAUGAAACCAAAUACCACUGGAACAAUUAAAAGCCCUGCCAAGCAUGCAAAAUUAGACAUAAAGUGGAAAAACAUUCCUUUUCGUAAACAAGAUAAGUUUGAACCAACAGAAAAAGAGAGACCAGUACCUACGAAAAUAAAAUCUCCCAUAGAGUACUUCACAUCAGUUUUUCCUGAGGAAAUUUUUAAUAUUAUGGUUGAACAAACCAAUUUGUACUCAACUCAAGUCACACAAGUGAACGGUGGAUCUGCUUUAGUGGUUACGAAGGAUGAUAUUACAGAUUUCUUAGCUAUUGAGAUUUUAAUGGGUGUUGUAGACAUGCCAUGUUACCUAGAUUACUGGUCGAAUGAUUUGAGGAAUGAUAAAAUAGCCAGCCUCAUGCCCCUCAAAAAGUACCAACAAAUAUGGUGUUUCAUCCACUUUGUAAACAACGAUGAUGCAAGUGAUGACAGGUAUUUUAAAAUCAGGCCAUUAGUUAAGAUUAUUAGGGAACGGUGCUUGAAAUUAGACCAUGAAUCUCGAUUUUCUAUCGAUGAGAUGAUGAUCCCAUACAAAGGGGAAAAGGCAGGAAGUAGGAGGCAGUAUCUUCCUAGUAAACCCAAGAAGUGGGGAUUUAAAGUCUUUGUUCGUGCUGGAGUCUCUGGUAUAAUUUAUGACUUCCUUUUUUACGGAGGUGAUGAUACUUUUCGUAACCGCCCAUUUACUAGAGAAGAAGAACUCUUUGGACUUGGCCCAAAAGUUGUCAUUGCACUCUGUAAAACUAUUCCUAACCCUGCAACUUCAGUUGUCUAUUUUGACAAUAAUUAUUUUACAACUCUUUCUUUGGUUUACUACCUGCGGAAUGAGCUUGGCAUCUUCAGUUUAGGUACAAUCAGGGCAAAUAGGAUUCCUCGCUGUAAAAAACUCACUGAUGAAAAAUCAAUAAAAAAGAAAAAAAUGAGGAAGUUUCUAUAAUGUAGUUUCAGACGAGCACAAGUUGUCUGUUGUCAGAUGGGUCGAUAACAAAGCUGUAACUCUAGUUUAUUCUUAUGCUGAUGCCUAUCCCAUAUCAAGUGUGAAGAGGUAUUGCAAAGAAACUAGAGAAAAAGUAGAAGCUGUGUGUCCAUAUGUUGUGAAGGAAUACAACACACAUAUGGGAGGAGUAGAUUUGGCAGAUAUUCUUAUCGCUCUAUACCGGACACCCCUAAAAACAAGGAGAUGGUACCUUGCAAUUUUCGCACAGUUCCUUGAUAUAUGUGUAAACAAUGCUUGGCUUUUAAUGAGACAAGAUCUUCAGCUGUGUAACAUGAAACAAGGCAUGUCACUCAAAGCUUUCCGAAUUGAACUUUUUGAGAGCCUUACAUUGAAGAAGAGAGUUCGCGGUAGACCUAGCAAAUCAAACAUUGCACCUGUUGAAAAGAUCAAAGCCCAAAUGAAGCCUCGACCAUGUGACGAAGUGAGACGUGAUAUGUUCGGACAUUUCCCAGUGUUUACAUCACGUGGAAGAUGCAAGCUGUGCGUCAAGGGCCAGACAUUCUUAGAAUGCAGUAAGUGCAAGCUUAGGUUUUUCCUGAAAGAGAAGAGCAAUUGCUUCUUAGAUUUCCAUACUCAAAAAACAAGGUAACCAUGUAAACGACACUACCAUAGUCUAGAAACAUUGAAAUAACCAGUUGUUUGAAAUAUUGUAGUGAAAUCUUUUGUGUGGUAUUUCAGUUUGAGCUCAUAAAGUUUGAAAUAUCUGUUGCUGUACCUGACUUGUACACUAUAAUUUAUUUGUAGCAACUUGUACAGGGUAAUAAAUUAUUUCAAUGGUAUUUCCUUUCCCGAACUAAUAAUUUUGUGUACUGUAAAUAAGUUUUAAUUGUAAUGUAAUGUAAAACAUAUUUUUAAUUGUACUGUAAAACAUAUAGCUUUUAGAAUGUUUCUUGUACAUUCUCUAAUUUUGAUUUUUUAACUUACGUUUUUGCGAUAUGUAUUUUAUGCACUUUAUAUAUUUUUGAUUUCCAACUGCUGUAAAAUUUACCCUUUCAUUGGCAAUGUACCAUAUUUGACACAUCACAAAAUUGAAGUGAUUGUUUGCAUAUUUGACAAUGUAUCGCAUGUGAUACAUUCAUUUUAUUAUACUUUUUAAAUAAAUUGAAUUUUUUGAUUAUUUUUUUUCUAGUAUUUAUCACUUCAAACAUGCAAAAUCAUUGUUGUAAUAAUUUUUACUUCCAAAAAAUUUUUUUGCCAAAUUAAGGGUUAAAAAUGUUUCAGAGAUGGGAGAUAAAAUAAUGGACUCCCUUGAAUGUAAUGAGUUCAUUUAAAAUUACAGUUAGUGUCUUUUACCACAAGGUCGUAUAAAGUUCAUACAAGUACAUAUGCUGUCACAGUGGCUUCCUAGAGUGAGUGCCACAGGGUGAAAUAUUUUACAGGCUGCUCCCAUUUCAGCAUGCCAGGUCAUGUUCCUGUCAGCUGUUUCUCUCUCUCAGUAGCAUUCAGCGGAGUCACUUUGAUAACAUGACUGAUGCCAUAGUGAUUGACCACUCUACCGAGAAAUUGGAAACUCUGAAUUAGCAUUGAAUAUUUUUGGUGCCAGGAAAUUGGUGAGAUAACCAUGAAUUUUUUUUAAUCCGCCGAGAAUUAUUUUUCUAGCUAGUUCGAAAAAAACUUAGUUGAAAAACUGCACACCAUGUCGUCAAACAGUGUCAGGUAUACAGUUUUCAAGGUCUGUAUAGAGCAUAGUUGAAAGGCUACAUGCUGCGCCUAUCAGCUGCAUUUUUGACCUUUGUUUAUUUGUGAACCUCAGCAGUGGCUGUGGCAAAUUUGGUAACUGAUGUGUAGAGACCUGCAAAAUUCGCGGAUUCAUUUCGUGAUAUGCUACAAUUCAAAUAAUUAUACCUUAGUGUUGCUUUUGCAAUUGGUUCACUGUUAAUCUGGAGGACUGAGGGCCAAUUAGAGACCCUCACUCAUAGAAGUGUCGAAUCACAGACACUCGGUCGAGAAACUCACAAGUCAGCAGCCAAUGAACAGGUGGCAUUUGCCCGAGUGUGUAGAGUGUAGUAGAGUCUAUCCUGGAGGUCAUUGAAUCCGCUAAUUUUGCAGGUCUCUACUGAUGAGAUGACUGUGGGUUGGAGGGGGAGGAAGUCCUCCGCUCAGUUUUAAUUUUACUGCGAAAGGUUUUCACAGACUGCAACUACAAACAGAAGCCAUCAUCAACACAAAUACAGUGAUUUGACACAUGAAAGACUAGGGGAUCUCGAUUGCAGGAUAAUGUGAAAAAAUUUAGUUGAAACUACACUAGCAGAUAGUGAUAUAUAUUUAUAUAGUACAACAUAGCUACUAGUACACACAGACUAUUAGGCAUCUGCCCUUGUGCAGGUGAUGCUACAUUGUCGACAGUCUCCUGGCUCGUCCGUCGUGUUGUUCUCAGUGGGAAUUCAGGCAUUGCAGUUUGCAUAUACGGCACCAUAUCACUCAAAGUAGUUAACUGGAGUCUGUUAAUUGCGGUUCUCUUGGUUUAAACAACGGCUAAAUUAUGCUUUGGAAAAAACACGAUGCACAGAAAAUAUAUAUUCUUAACACAAAUACUUUUUUAUUUUAAGGUUACAUUUAUUUUAAAUAAUUAUUGUUAAUGGGAAGUAAUUAAUAUUAAGGGAUUGACUUUGUUUUAUUAUCUCUGAUGUAGAUCUACAUGGUUAGCUAAAUAUUUAUUACCGUAGUAACAUUUCAUGAAAUUUCUUAUAAAAUCCUUUAAAAUAUUGGAUGAAUUCUGGAUUUUUUUUUUUUUUUUUUUUAAAAAAAAGGUGUUCACCCUGGAAAUGUUGUUACUGUUAGAAACCAAACAGUUCUUAUUUAAGUAGUACUUAUUUAUCUUACUUAAUAUUGUAAUAUUUUAAUAUUUUGUCUGGUUUUCUUGAAACUAGUAUUGAGACCUCGUGUAUCCCUAUGACUCUAGGUUUUUGAAACCCAUCUCAUAGUUUACAUGGCUAAAAUAAAUAAUGUACACAUGCUGAUAUAGUUGACCAGCUGUCACAGAUAAGAGUUGUAGCUCCUAUCAUUAUCCGUCAACGUAUUAAAUUUAGGUUUAUUCACCAAAAGAAUUUGUUUAACUAAGAAGACUGACAGCUUAGUUACAAUCUCAAUUAUUUGCAGUAACCAAAUCAUAGGCUAUAGGGAAAAUUGAAAAUUUUAAAGGAUUUACUAUUGCAAAGCAAAAAAAAAAAAAAAUAGAUGA